UCUUAUCUUUUUACUAAAUUUUUUUUUUUACUAUGGGGAACGGAGCGGAUGAGCGGCGGGAAGGCGAAAUUGGUCCGACGGUCUAUUUCGUCUGUUCCACCAACUGUCGCCUUCUUCUUCGUCCUCCCUCUGUCGAUUUCCUCUCCAUUUUUCCGGAGCCGGGGAGGGGGAGGAAAGAAAACAUCUGGCCGCCCUUCCUGCUGCAGAAAGGGCUCGCUCUGCAUCGGCGCCCGGACUUUCUACGGAGUACAUAGUAUCUGCAUCCUCCAUUUCCCCUGCACCACCCCACCUACCUAGUGUACACUGCAGACAGGCAGAAGACGGCUUUCAAAAGUCGACAAGUUUGGUCUCGGCCGAGAGGGGACCUGUUUGCAUUGUAAAAGAGAUUUGUGGGAAAUGUGGUAAUGAGAGUGAGAGGGACUCGCUUUGCUGCGCAAACUACCUAGGUAGCUAGGGAGGGACCGCACCCUAUCUAUGUAUGCAUGGUACUAUUACUAGGAGGCGCUGCCAUCUGAAUAGUCCAUGUUCCUGGACCUUGAUCACUGGCUCGGAUUUUGACCUGGGUAUUGUGCUUUGUGGUUGAAUUUGCGACAAACUAGCCCAUCUCGGUGGCGUGAAGCUGGUGCGCCCCACCGUUUUCUAUCGUACAUGUCCGCUUUCAAUGCCAUCCAUAUACCGGUAUGCUGCUGCAAAGGUACCUACCUACCUACCUGUAGUCAAUCAAGGUAGGUAGGUCGCCGACGCACCACCAAUGUACUUUGUAUCCCGCCGACACUUAGGGGGGGGGCGUUGCUUCCCUCCGGCCGAUGGCCAUGGAUCCCAGCCCAGCCUCUCUGCCUGGUAAGGGGUCUAAGUGGGCUGGGUGGC